AACUUCCUAAAGUAAUCAAAAGUAGAGACCACAAAAACUCACGAUUUCGAUCAAAAUUAAUUAAAAUAAACAAAACCACAGAUGCUUUUCUUCUGGAUCACAAUCAUAACUGUUGCACACUAUACGCUAUACUUGAGCUUUUUUUCUUUGAAUCUCUCUUUUAACAUGUACUCUUGUAAAUGAGCCAUGUGGUUUUGAUUCUAAAAUAAUUCAACUUUUCUUUUUCUUCUUCUUCCCCCAGCUUUUAUAUAAUUAACCUCACAUGUGUGUUCCCACUUCUCAAUUCCCAAGUUCCUUUUAUCCAGGAUUGUUCUGAAACACAUAGAGAGACAGAGAGAGAUGGGCGUUACAGGAGGACUAGUUAGAAGUAUUUUCUUCAGAAACAAAUCAUUUGGGGCUCAUGACUACAACAACAAUGGAAGAAGCAAUGGAGGAGAGAAGAAAAGAUGGAGCUCAGUAAGAUCAUACCUUUGUGGAGAUGAAUUCAACUCUGUUCUCGCUGUGGAUGACUCAGGAUCAAUAAAAGAUUCUUUAGACCCUCUUCUUACAAUGUCCCAGCAACUGAGUACAGAACCUUCUGAUUCGGUUUUGGCCAUCCAAGAUUCAGCUUCUGUGAAACUACUACGUCUGGAGGAGGAGGACUCUGUUUCAGGUCAGAACUCAGAGGUUUCAGUAACUCAGCCUUUACACAAAGAAGACCAAAGCGAAGGAACAGAGACGCACAUACCAAAGAGGCAUCAUCAUCAGACUACUCUAAUCUCUAAGCCUUUCCUCGAAGAAGAAGCUGCAAUCAUAAUUCAAUCAGCAUUCAGGAGUUACCUGGUUUUGUUUUGUUUUUUUUUUCUCUGUAUUUCUUUGUCGUUCUUCUGUUAUGUCCACUCCAAUGAUUCUUAUGAUGCGUUUCAGGCAAAACGUGGGAGAAAAGAAGUAGAAGAAACGUUUGAUAAGGAGGAGAGCUUCUCAGGAGAGGAAUCACAAGGUAAAGUAUCCCUGGGGACAUCACUAGAAGUUCAGACAUGCAGUUCCGUGAAAGCACCUUUCUUUAAAAGAAAACGAGUAUCAAGAACCUUACACAACAAGAACAACACUCAAGUUCUGAGGAUAAAGGAAGACUGGGAUGAUAGCACAGUGAGCAGCACCAUAUCAAAGUCGAGGAUACAAAGCAGAAUUGAAGCAAUGACAAAACGGGAGAGAGCACUUGCUUACGCAUUUUCACAGCAGCUAAGGAUUUGCACAAAGAAGAAGCAAGUAGAACGCAACAGUGAAGAUGAAUCAAACAUCGGUUGGAAUUGGCUAGAGCGCUGGAUGGCAACUCGUGUACCAGAGAGCACUCAGGUUGAGGCCAGAACAAACAUUCAAAUGAAAAGUCAAAGAUUGGUUAGAAAGAAUACAUCUUUUAGUAUAGCUGGCGAGUUGGAGAGCUGUGCCUCCAAUGAUAUUCCUCUCCAAUUUGAAAGCAUAUCAGAAGAGGAAACAGAAGACUUGCAGAGAGAAAAGAGCAUAUCAAAGCGCAAAUCUGCUCCCAGCUACAAAACCCAGAGAAGGCAUAACAGGCUUCAGGCAAAGAAAAAAGACAUGCAACAACAAACUAAGAAGGCCAAGACAGCACCAAUAGGCUUCAAAAUGGGGAAUGAACAAGAAGUAACCUCUCGAAAGAUAAAUAGCAGCAGCUAAAGAUGAUAAUAGUUACCUGUAAAAUCUUUGCUGUUUGUUCUUAUGGAUCUGAUAACAACAUUCUGUAAAUUGUCUGGGGAAUCAAAAUGAUAUGAGAAAUAUUCAUGUUUUCACCAAAUCUUA